UUGUCAUGAAUAUUAUGAAUUUAUGGACUUUUAGCGGUUAUUAGCAGAUGUUUCCACUAAAAAUGCGUGAGGUUUGGUUAGCUGGUUGCUACCCGAUGUUAGCGUAGUUUGUCUCAGACUGGCGCAGCACCGCAGUUUGACACUUCAUGUUUAAUUAAUUUGACUUUUUCAAGGUUGCCAUGUCCUCCUACACCUGCAUCAGCUGCAGAGUGGCUUUCGCAGAGGGAGAGGUGCAGCGAGCGCACUACAAAACCGACUGGCACCGCUACAAUCUGAAGCGCAAGGUGGCAGACAUGCCACCGGUCACCGCUGAAAACUUUCAGGAGCGUGUCCUGGCACAGCGGGCGGCCGCAGAACAGCAGCUGAAUGACGCUGAGAGCUGCACCGUCUGCAACAAGAAGUUCUCCAGCGCCAACGCCUACCAGAACCACCUGCAGUCCCACAAACACCAGCAGGCGGAGAAGCAGGCCCUGCUUGUCGCCCAGAGGAAAGUGGAGAAGAUGAACGAGAAGAACCUGGAGAAAGGACUUGGUGAUGAGAAGGUGGAUCACGAUGCCAGAAACGAGGCCCUGCAGCAGGCCCUGAAAGAGCAGCAAAAGUCGAGCCCAGCCAACCAGGGGAAGGGCCAGACAUCACAAGGAGUGACAAGGCAGAGGACGGAGAAGCUGGAGAAACCUCCCAGGAUGAUGUGGCUGGAGGAGCAAGCCAAGAGACGCGAGAGAGAAGAGGGAGCCACAGCCCCUGAAGAAGAGUGGGAGGACGUGGGCGAGGAGGAGGAAGAUGAUGAUGAUGAGAUGGAGGAGGAUGAAGAUGAAGAGGUGACGAUGGAUCAAGAGGAAGGAGACCCUGCGGCUCUGUCUGACCCCCAACCCGCUGCUCUGCCGGGCUCCAUCCCCGUCACCGACUGCCUGUUCUGCUCCCACCACUCCAAGUCGCUCAUGAAGAACGUCGCCCACAUGACCAAAGUCCACGGCUUCUUCAUCCCCGAUGUGGAGUUCCUUGUCAAUCUCAAGGGCCUCAUCUGCUACCUCGGAGAGAAAGUCGGUGCCGGUAACGUGUGUUUAUGGUGUAAUGAGAAGGGCCGUUCGUUCUACUCGGCAGAAGCAGUACAGAGUCACAUGACAGACAAAAGCCAUUGUAAACUCUUCACAGACGGCGACGCUGCCCUGGAGUUUGCAGACUUCUACGACUUCAGGAGCAGCUACCCAGACAGGAAGGAGGGAGGGGAUGCUGAAAUGGACGAAGAAGAGCUGCCUGAUGAUAAGAACCUGGAGUACGAUGACGAAACGCUGGAGCUGACUCUCCCUUCAGGUGCUAAGAUCGGCCACCGCUCCCUCAUGAGGUACUACAAACAGCGGUUCGGAGCUCCGAGGGCGGUGGCACUGACCCACAAUAAGAACGCUGUUGGCAGAGUCCUCCGGCAGUACAAAGCUCUGGGCUGGGGAGGAGAUGGAGGCAACAGCUUGUAUCAGAAACAGAGAGACAUGCAGUACGUGCAGAUGAUGAAGUCAAAAUGGAUGCUGAAGAUGGGCAUGAGCCACAACGCCACCAAGCAGAAGCACUUUAGAGUCCAAGUCAUGUUCUAAACCUGAACUGGAGGGAACCGAACGUGCAGCGAAAUGCGACAUGGACUUGACAAGAGCUUUGCUGUUUUCCAGUCAUCAAGACUUUGAGUACAGAAUUAAGUACAGCAGCAAAAAUGGUGGUUCCUUGCGCAGUGGCAAAAAGAAAAAUCAAACAUCACGUCAUAUCAGUGAUGCUGUAUUGCAUUUAAAGUAAAUGCAGCCAUGUUGAUUUGAUGUUUUAUAACUGCAGCAAAAACCUUGACUGCUCUUAUAUAUGAGCAGUUACGUAAAGUUGUGCCCUAGUAGGAAAACAAAUUUCCAACUUUCAGACAUCUCUGUAGUCCUGUAAAUCUGUUGGAAAUUGAUUUGCAAUUGGACUCCAGGUGGAAGCGCUGUCGUCUCAUCAACUUCUUUCUUCAAUCUUUAUUAAGCAGGUGGUUUCACUAUUUUGGAUGCAAAUCAGUUACAUAACACACUUUUUUUAAACUAGUGACAGGAUUAGAUCUCUAUGAUUCAACAUGCUUGUAAUGCAUCCACCCAAAUAAAUGUGUUUCAUAUUUAUUGGA